ACUGCUCACAACUUGAAAAAGUGAAUAUGGCGAGUCUUGGGGGCCAACACGAAAAUAUUUCGAAUAAUCCAGAAGUGGAAAACACAUCCAAGCGACCGGAGAGCCGCGAGGGCAGCGCCGAGCGAAAAGCCCACGCAUUCGCACCUGCCAAGUCGGCGGUAAAGAGCACAACGACAACGGUCUGCGGCGCCGGCGCAACCUUGCAUUGGUUUGCCCAGGUGGGCGGCGGCGGCACCUCGUCCGAAGAAGACACUCAAGCGUCCAAAGACCGCGAGGAGAAGCUGAAAUAUGCACGCGACCGACAGAACGAGGAGCGACAGCGUAAGAUCGAGGAGUUGCGCGCCCAGGCGGAGGCCGCCCAGCGGUACCGGGAACAGAAGGAGGAGGAGCGACGGCGGCGCAUCGAGGAGAUACGCGUACGUGACACAGAGAAGCGCCAUCAGGUGGAGGAGCGCAAGAAGGCCAUCUUUGAGGCCGAGAAGGAGCGUCGCGAGUACAUUCUCAAAAAGAAUCAGGAACGCGAUUCCCGAAUAGAAGUCAAGAAGCGGGACAGAAACUCCAUUGGCUUUGCCUUUGGCUCCUCGACUCCUCGUCUGCUGGAUGUGCCCGCGGAUUAUGGCCUGGUAUCGCCUAGUGCCUUUUGGGGUCAGCGGAGGUCCACAUCUAUAUCGAACGUAGCGGGCGCCUCGCUCUCACGUCGAAGUUCAGAGCGUGAACUUGCCGACAGUGGUGCUAAGAAGCGUGCCUCCUCCUCCACGGACAGACACGACGAUCACCGACGAAAAUCCUCGUCCAUGUAUGAGGUAUUCAAUUGGGGCUACUCCAAUGAUGAGCCACCCAAGCGCUUCUCGCUCUCGAUCGCCGGCAGCGAGAUAAAUAUCGAUGGGCCGGCUAAUCCGCCCAGUUCCUCCUCCAACAAAGCAGCAAUAGCGCACAGACCCAAUCCGACAGCUACAACAAUUAUCACACCAAGCACCACAGGCUCAGGCCACAACAACAACUAUAACCAUAACUCGUAUCGUAAGGAAGAUAGCGUUGACACAUCACCCAUGGUGUUCCGAAGCGUUUACCGCAGGAAAACGGACCUCAUGCCGACAAUACCCAGCCCCCGAGACGGGCAUUACUACGGGUCGCGCAGCUCCCUGAGCACCACGCCGGCCAGAACCCCAGGACGGGCCUACUCGAUGAACCGCCUGGACCAGCUGGCGCAGCCCAUACGCCGCAAUGGGGAGCAUGUGCGGGCCAUUCUGGAGCGGGAACGCCGCGAACGAGAACUGGAGAUGCUGGACGAGACCUCCUCGCUGGGCGGCGGCAGUGGCGGGCGGAGAGGUCCGUCAAGAUCCCGACGAGCUGGAAGCGCCGGUAGCGGCAGUUCCAGUGCCGCUGGAAUCAUGUCACGCAGCAUGACCCACCUGGCCGGAGGCGGUGGCCAGCAGCGGGAACGAGGAAAGUACUCGCUGGGCGGCGGUAUAUCAACCAGCUUCCGGCCGCUGGCUAGCGGUGCCGGCGGGCAGCGGGACACCACCAGUAAGAGCAUGACACAGAUUAGCAGUUGGUCGGUUUAUGGCAGCACAGCACCACAACAACCCAAUUACCACCACAACCUGCACCAACGCCAGUCCACACUCGGGCUGCAAACUGCAGCGACUAAGAAAUACCUCCAGUCAUCAUUUGCCUCAACCUCAUCCUUCAACGCAUCCCUCCGCGCGAACGCGACUGGGCGUGGGCGUGGCCAGCAGCAGCAAUAUGCGAACUCUACUAACCCCCACCGUUUUUUCGAUUUCGAUCCCAACUCAUUGUUGCUCAUGAACUCUGCUAGUUUGUUAGUGAAUGCAGGCUCGCGUUCGGGAAAUGCCACGCCCGGCGGACACUACAACAGCAGCUCAAGGCCCGGCAGCGCCAUGUCCACAUCGACAAAUGUGUCCACAUCGGGUCUGGUGCCCAGGCGACCGGCAACGGCGCCAAGAAAACCCCGGCCCGCCAGCAUCGCUGGCACUGGCAUGUCUCUGGAUGAGAUCAACAAACUGAAGAAGGAUCAACAGAAGCCGCCCGUUAAGACGACAGCCGCCUCGCCAUCCGCACAAACGACCCCGAAACGAACUGCGAACCUAAUGUCCACAUCCAUGAUUGUGACCUCCAGCUCGACGCGACUGAGCAGCGCUGAGAAGAAGACGACAACGCCGAAAAGGGAACCCUUGGCACCCAAAGCGGCAUCCGCUUCCAAGGCUCUGUCAAGUCGCACGGCCAGCUCGGAGCGUAUUAGCCGGCUCAGCAAGGAGCCGAAAACCAAGGAUACCUCUGCAAUGACCCGGUCCAUGAUCGUCACGAGCAGCAGCAGCAGUAGCUCCACUAUGACGACAGCCACAAAGGCGGCUCCUGCAGCUCAAGCAGCACCUGCAACUGCACCCGCUCCCACUCCAGCUCCUGUUCCAGCUGCCGAGCAGAAUGGUCUGGCCAAGGAGGCUGAAAAGAAGCCAGCAGAGGUCCCAGUUCCAGCGGCUACAGCGGAACUGCCCGUUCCCGUGGCUCCCUCUGUAAGCAAGGCUGAGAAGGAGGCCCUGAACUCCUCGGAGAAGACAGAGGAAGUGGCGCGUCAGGAGGAGCAGGUUACCACCCUGCCAGUGGACUCUCUGCCCGAGGCUUUGGUUACCUCUGUUAACGUCGAAGAAAAGGCAGACGAGGGCACCGAGAAGGAGACGCCCAAACAGCCGCAGGAGCAGGCUGCACCCAAGAAGCCGCGCAGCAAGGAGAACUCCGAGGUGCGGGAACUGACGCCGCCGGAGGGCGGAGACCUGAUGACCGCUUCAAUGAUGGCCAAGAAGAUCACAACCGAGGAGGAGGCAAAGGCCGCAUUGGCCGAAAGACGACGCCUGGCCCGCGAGGAGGCUGAACGACAGGCGGAAUUGGAACGCCAACGACUAGAAGCAGAGCGUCUGGCCGAGCUAAAGGCUCAGGAGGAGGAGGCCGAGCGCCAGCGUCUGUUUGAGGAGGAAUCCACCCGCCUGGCUGAAGAGCAGCGUCGCGCUGAGGAAGAGCGCCUGCGCAAGGCCAUUGAGGAAGCCCAGCAGCGCGAGAAGGAGGAGCAGCGCAAGCUCGAGGAGGAGGAGAAGCAGCGCUUGGAGCGCGAGGAGGCCGAGAAGAAGGCCAAGGAGGAGGCAGAGAAGCAGCGCGUGGAGGUGGCCGAGCGGCUCAAGCGUGAGGAGAAGGAGCGCGAGGAGCGUCGCAAGCGAGUGGAGGCGAUUAUGUCGCGUACCCGCAAGGCAGGAGGAGCUGCCAGCACCCCUGCCAAGGACUCCAACGACAAGGCAGCUAGCGCCACAUCAGCAGCUCCUGCGGACAGCAGCAGCAGCAAUAGCGACAGCGGCAGCAGCAACAACUCGGCUGGAGGCUCGCCCAGCAGCACUACAGAUGCCAAGCCAGCACAGGAAGCGGUCACGGAGCCGCCAAACAGCCAGGCUAUGUAUGAGCAAUCGGUGCUAGACAAGGAGAACUCGCUCAUCAACAGCUUCUCCUCGAUGAUCAUCGAUGAGAAUGCCAAGAACCUGCAGCAGGUGAGCAACGGCAAGUUGCUAGUAGACUUUGAGGGCAGCAAUGCGGCCCCGGCGGUGGCCAAUGGCAAUGGUCACAUCGAGAGUGUCAACAACAAGAACGACAUCAAUCUGCUGCAGGAUGUGGUUGCUCCAGUUGCCAGCCAACUGAUCGAUCUGAGCAUCGAGUCACAACAAGAUCUGCACCUGAACAACAACAACAGCUUGCUGACGAGCACAGCGGCAACCACCACGCUAGUCACUGCUGAUAGUCACGAGAAUAAGGAUAUAUCUUUGCUGUGAAUUGGAUGAUAGGAAACCAAAACCUGAUUGUGUUUUCGAGAACCGAAAUCUGGAUAUAGCUAAAUGUGUGUGGAGAGUUGGAGUAUUUAUUUAUAGGAUGAGAGAUCUAUAUGGGAAUGCGAAUGCGAAUGCUAGUGUGGAGAGCGCGUGCGACAAAUUAUGGUUACUAAAGAACACAGGAAAACAAACGUAAAAAGCUUAUAAAAACCUAUAUAUAACGUACACCUUAUAUAUACAUUUAUAUAGAUAGAGCUGAGAUCAGAAUCGAAAAGGGUUAUGAAAGGUAGAGCGAAGUGAGAGAGCAGCUGCAAGUUAUAAUUAGUUAAGAACUAAGACAAACCCUAAAAGAGAAGGCUUGGAAUAGAGGAGAAGUUGGGAUCGGGAUCGAGAUCCUCCUCCCCCAGAGUUUGGAGAUCGUUUGCGAAGCAAUUCAAUAUCAAAGAAAAAGAAACAUUUGAUGCAAUUUUUCGAUUCGAUUCGAUUCGAUGCGUUUCGAAUCUAAUUUAAUUACGAACUCGCUUCAAAAGUUGAAAGUGCAUGCUUACAUUUGAGUAUAACUUGAGCCAGACGCGAAGGCGGCGUAUAUAAUUGAAAAUUAUAUAAAGAUUAGUAGACAUGAAGCCCCCCUCUAGUUUAAAACAACGCGAGAUUCAGCGCCGCAAAACGAGCAAUAAAUGGAAAAGAAAAGAAGACGCGGUAUUGACAUACCAUUAAAACCCAUCCACAUCCACAGCGCCUCACUGCUUUAUUUUUGCCCAACUUUUGCACAGUGUGUUGUUCUGUAAGUUAAGUUUACUACAUACUACGUUGAGCCAACGAAUCGUGCGGUAUUAUUUAUUAAAAACAAAAAACAAAACAAACUAAAAAUAGGAAAACUAAAAUUCAAUUGAAAUUAUUUGCUGAUACUGAUCGGAAUCGAAAGCAAAUAUAGCUAGCUUCUGAUAUACACAUAUAUUCAAGCAUUGCAAUGCUGUAAUCACAGAUCACAGAGUCAGUGUGCUUGAUACACCUAGGAGAUCCCUAGUGGAAUAUUAUGAUGAUGUAAUUGUACUAUUUGUAGUAGGAGUCGAAAAUCUGAUUAUGCUUAUGUGUCUCGCCCCCUUUUUUGUAAUUAUAUAGCAAAGUUCUCUGUACAUUAUUGUCUAUUUUGCGUCUGCGUAUAUAUUUUUUGGUAUCACUUUUUUUAUACACUUAUAUACACACACAUUUAUAUUUGUAAUUUGUAUUUAUCCAUGUGCAACAAAAACAAAAACGAGAAAAUAAUAAAUUAUGAUGAUUAUUUUUUAAAGAGUCGUCCCCCCAUAAGAGAUUGUAAAAAUGAAAUCAAUUUAAAUAUAGUAAGAGAAAAGCAUCCCAUAUCCCAUAACCCAUAUAUAGUCUACACCCACUUGUAUCUGAGCGAAAGGGCCUUAAAAAACAGUUAGAACGAUGCAUGAGAGAGAGAUGAAGCGAUCGAUGGGCAGGCAGGAUUAUAUGGAACGUUUCGCAUGCGGAAACCGUUGAUAGAUUAAUAUAUAUAUUAUGUAAUGGCAAUAUGUGUAUGAAACUAAUAAGCCCUAACUUCUAGUUAAUUACUGCUUUCCUAUGUUAUAAACCUAAUGGCGAUAUAAUCAAAACAAAAGACAAACCCCCACGUAAUAAAUCAAAUGAUUGAUGCUGCAUUCGAAACCCAAACCGAAACCUUUAAAGAUCAAGCUGAAUUAUGUAUUUUAAUAUUAUAUAUAUCACACCAACACACACAGAACACAAAGAACACGACAAACAGAACAACAAACAAAUUAUACAAGCAAUUCCUCUAUUUAUUUUAGAACAAAACAAAAAAACACACACACUAGAAACACUAAAGAAUUUCGCUUCUUAUCGUAAAUCCACAAAAAACAAAAAAAAAAACAAUUGCAUAAUUUAUACGAUUACCUAAACAAAAUAUAUAAAUAUAUUUAUGUGAAUAAACUGUAACUAAUUCUCAAGGCAAAA